AUGGUAUCACAUUCCCCAGCCAGUACCAGAGUUGACGAACACGAACCGGAAUGGCAGUAUGGCCCCCGCGCCAAGCGCCAGAGACGCGCCUCAACGACAGGCGCAACGCAGCCAUCGCCCCGGGAGAUUGGUUACAUGAGAGAACCCCAAUAUGACGGCUCGGCCAGUUUUAUUGGGAGCUCCAGCGGCAUUCACUUCAUCCGACAUGUAUACGAUGCCUUUGCGCGGCGUUCUGCGGACCUGCAUAGGUCUCGGGUCCGUGAUCGGUGCUCGGUGCCGGGUGAAGAUGACCGGCUACGAAGCGUGGGUGCCGAUGAGCUAUGGUCGAAUCAGGAGUUGGAUUUUUCAGGAAAUUCCGUUUACGCGUUUGAUGACCUUGCCCGCUGGACUCACAAUUACUUUGAACACUGGCAUCCCAUAUUUCCCUUUUUGCACGCACCGACGGUCCUCACGUCCAUGGAGAAAGCCAGUCGAUCCGGAAUAGAAACGUUAGAGCAGACCGAGAUGAUCAUUCUUCGCUCCGUGAUCUCUAUCUCCCUUGGAGACAGCAGACAGAUCGGCACCGCCCAUCGAGGACGCGUUCCUUCAACUCUAGUCUUUCGCACCGUUCGGCAUAUGAUGCAAGACAUACAAAGUCUUCUCUCAGAAUCAACAACCCUGCCCUUACUACAAGCUGCAUUCGCCAUUCAGCUAGUGCUCGUGUCACUCCUACGCCUCAACAUUGCCUCUCGGGUAGGAGGCACAAUUACUCGUUCCGCGUUCCAUCUAGGUCUGCACCGCUGCCCAGAACGCUUCUCAUGCUUUGGUCACGAGGAGGCCGAUAUUCGACAGCGACUAUUUUGGUCCAUAUAUUGUCUCGAGCGAUACCUUUCCCAAGCGCUCGGGAUCCCGCUCGCCAUCAGAGACGAUGAUAUUGAUGUCUGUUAUCCCGGGGAGGAGAGACAUACUACAGCUACACCUGGAAUGGAUGGCGAUCAUCGACUGCGGCUACUUUCUCAUCUUGCAAAAUUCGCGAGAAUCCGAGGCCUUGUUCUGGAACUGCGCAAUAAGUCUAUCUUACACAGCCACCCGAGUUCCCUGGAGGCAGCGCGCGUCAAUGGCGAGAUGUCGCAAUGGUGGAAUGAGGUUUACGAUGAUGUGUACCCGGUUGAAGAUGACGGAGAUACCCGUUCAUUACACCCAUACCAUCAAUCGCUCUUGAUGGUCCUAAGGAAUGAAGCCAUCAUCUCCAUGAAUCGGCCGCUCCUCGCGGCUGAGAAACCCAGCCCUGAAUACAAGAAUGCAUUGCAGACGUGUAUCGAGUCCUCGCGGUCUUUGCUCUUGGGAUUGAACAGAUAUAGGGCUUCUGCAUCCAGAGAGGAACAGACAAGGUCGGAUGCUCCACUGUCCUGGCCAUCGUUUACUUGGGCUACGUGGAUGGCAUGCCUUAUUCUGAUGUAUGCCUCUUGGGAAGGGGACUUUCCCAUCCCAUUGGCACUUAAGUAUGCGAAAAUCGGGAUUGGGAUUUUUGAGAAUCUGGCGUUGCGUGGAAGUGGGUGGCCGGAGACUUGCAUCGAGGCGAUCAAAGGCAUGGAAUCUGCGUUAUUGACCAGCAUGGAUUCUUCCAAGCAGUCAAAAAGUGCAGCCACUUUGUCGGAUCAUCACUCCGAUCAUCAGUCCCUCGAACGCCUUGACAUACCAGCUCUGCGAGAAAACAGGGGAGGCAGCAGUGGUUAUCAAGGCGAUUUGCCUAGCGGAACGCAAUCAACCCGUGAAGUGGGGUCUUCGCAGCCUUUCAACUCGGCCGCACUCGACUCGCAAACAAACGCUGGCGAAAGCUCGGUCAUUUCUGACCUGCCAAACCACGGAUUCUCUUUGAGCGGGUAUACUUCUGCCGGCCUUGUCUUUGGCAACACGGCCGACAGUAAGAUGCCAUUCUGCCCCUGGGCUAUGGGCGAGGACCCCACGCCCUUGCCAGACUUCUCUGUGUCUGAUCUCUGGAGUGUCGCUGAUGCGCCAUGGAUGAUCCACGAAAAUUUCUUAUGA